AUGGGUGUCCUUGUGCUGACCACAAGGCUCUGGAAUGUGUUCCCCACCCUGGUUGGGGACAUGGACAGCUCUGGCAGCCUCAAUGCUCAGGCACUUCACCUGCUCAGCGACCGUCUGCGUGCCAAGGCCGUCUUCCAGACCCACCAGGCCAAGUUUGUGACGUGGCAGUUCGACACGGAGUACCGAGGGGACGACUGCACUGCCACCCUGACCCUGGGCAACCCCGACCUGCUGGGUGGCUCUGUGAUCCUGGUGGCACAUUUCCUGCAGAGUGUUACCUCACGCCUGGUGCUGGGGGGAGAACUGGUGUACCACCGCCGACCCGGAGAGGAGGGAGCCAUCCUUACCCUGGCAGGCAAAUACACAGCCCCUAAGUGGGUGUCGACGCUCAACGUGGGGUAUGGGGGGGCUCAUGCCACCCACCGAGCCAAUGAGCAGGUGCAGGUUGGGGUGGAGCUGGAGGCCACCAAUGUUGUGUUCAGAGGGCUCCUGGACAGCAAUUGGAGCGUGGGGGGAGUCCUGGAGCGGCGUCUGCCCCCCCUGCCUGUCACCCUGGCUCUGGGGGCUUUCCUCAACCACUGGAAGAACAGGUUCCACUGCGGCUUCAGCGUCACCGUGGGCUGA